AUGUGUAAUCUUCAACCAAAGAAAACUUCACAAAAUUCUGUUAGACGACAUACAUAUGUAAAUUUAUCUAAUGAUGCACAUGAAACAGAUCGACUGAUUGAUGCGUUAAAAGAUAAUCAUUAUAAUUAUAAAAUAAAUAAUAAAGUUAAUGAUAUAGAAUUAGAUAAACGAAAUUGGGCACCACCUAUGUAUAUAUCUAAUGAACAAAGAAAUAAACGUAUCACUCUUACAUAUCCAACAUCUUAUGAACAUGUAAAUUCACCAACUGAAUCAAUAAAUUAUACUACAGAUCAAAAUACUCUCAAUUAUUAUGGUCAAGAAAAUGUAAAUUUUACUGAUCCAUUUAAAUUUUCACCAUCUGAACAAGAAUUAUGUCAAAAUUCUACAUUACAAACAGAAAUUCAACGAAUCAAAUUUAUUCCAUCAAAUACUUCUCAUACUAUUGGUGCAAUUCCCAAUAAAAGGACUGCAUUAUUUUCAUCAGAAAAUAAUACACCUACAACUAUAAUAGAUCUUCGAAGUGAGUUGGAUGCAUCACAAGCACGUUUAGCUGAAGCCCAAGCACGUCUACUAGCUAAUGAAGCUGAACGUAUUCAGAUAUUGAAAUCAUGGCAAAAUGAACUGAUCAAGCAAUCUCAAUUAAUUAAUGCAAGUAAAGCGGUCUGUAAUAAUUCACCAAUUCCUCAAUUUUCAUCUAAUUUACAUUUAACAAGUACAGAAAGUAAUUUACACUGUAAUCCUGAUGAAAGUGACUUUAAUGAAGGUGGACCUAGAUCAAUAUCAGUAAUACCUUUACUAAAUUCAAGCGGAUUGAGAUCACAAAAUUACUCCGAAAGUAUCUAUGAUUAUGAUGAUAGUGAAUUGAUGAAUAAUACUGAACCAAAUAAACAAUACAUUACUGAUACAAAUAUUCAAUCAUAUAAUAGUAAUGGGAUUAAUCGAAAUUUUGGCUUACAUGCAUCAUCUCCUAGCUCAUAUAUAAAGUCAUUAAGAUCACAUACCAAUCAACCUCGUAUGGGAGCGUCUGCAGUUGUCACAAACUUACACGACUAUCACGGGGCACCACCAAUGAGUGAUUAUCUUCAGUCGACAAUGCCACGAAGUAGAAUAGUAACCAAUCGGGGUUAUCAAUUACACAAUACUACUACAACCAUUACAUCACCAACUAACACGGAAUUAGACGAAUUCUGUCGAAUAUCACGUAGUCCUUCUACACCGGGUUUAUCUAACUCAAACUUCACACAUACUCCUCGUGUAGAUCCUGCUGGUGAUAUGGACAAAGAGUUGAAUUCAGCAGACAAUUCAAUUGACCCUGUUACUAAUGACGAAGAAUUCGCUAGACAAAUUCAAGCUAUUGUACAUGAGAACAAUCAACAUUUAUAUUCAUAAUAACUAAAUUCACAAAUGUAAUGAGGCAUAUCAUCCUCCUUUCUUUCUAAAUGCACAAAUUGCGACGACAACAACAGCAAUACUACUACGACUACUAAAUAUACUAUUUGAUAUGUAAUUUCUGAUUCAUUUGUCACGGAAACAAUAAUUUAUAUUUUUCUUUGCUCACAUAUCAAACCUUUUGCCCCUCCCCCCUCUACAAAAAUAUAAACAAUAACGAAAAUAAGAACAAAGGAAAUUCAUUCUCUUCCCCCCUUCUAUCACUAUGGUAAUUUAUAAAUAAUUACUUGAUAUAUAUAUAUUACUUUUUACAUAAACAUGCAAGUGAACUUUCUAUAUAUUUUGUUUAUCAUUUAUUUAUAUGAAACUGUUCACUACCGCAACCACUAUCAACUACAAUGACUAAACCGGCAC